AAUAUUAUUUUAAUAAUAAUAAUCUUUAACGUUGACGUAUAUUAAUUAUUAGAAUUUGCGUGACAAUUAUUUGAAUCAAUGUAACACAGUUAUAUAAACUCCUUCCAUCACCGUAUUUGACGCUUUUAUAUUUGUUGCUUCUUACUCCAUUGAGCCAUUGUUUUUUUCUUUCUAUAUUAUUUAUAUUUCACAACACCAAUUCUAUGUUUUCAUCUGAUCAAUAAUGUUCUGUUCUUCUGACUUGUCUGGUUUCUAGUUCUAUUCCAAUAUGUUAUGAUUACUCAUCAGAGUCUGGUUUUUGUCUUGUGAAAUUAUAGAUUCUUCCAUUUUCAUUACCAAAAACAUUCACACUUGAAUUGAAGAUUUUGGAUAUGAUGGAGAGUGGUGAGAUAGGAGGAAGAGAAGGUUACAAUGGAGUGAUGAUGGCGAUGACAAGAGACCCGAAGCCGAGGCUGAGGUGGACAGCCGAUCUUCACGACCGGUUUGUCGAUGCUGUCACAAAGCUUGGUGGCCCUGACAAGGCAACUCCAAAAGCUGUUCUAAGGUUAAUGGGCUUAAAAGGUUUGACAUUAUACCAUUUGAAGAGCCAUUUACAGAAGUAUAGACUUGGACAACACGGUCGAAAACAAUAUGAAGAACAAUACAAAGAGAAUAGCAGGUGCUCCUAUGUAAAUUUCAGUAAUCAUUCUUCACAUACUAAUCCCAGUUAUGGAGGUGAUAAUGAUGAGGGGGAAAUCCCAAUAGCUGAAGCACUUAAGCAACAAAUUGAAGUUCAAAAGAGAUUAGAAGAGCAAUUUGAGGUACAAAAGAAAUUGCAAAUGAGAAUAGAGGCUCAAGAGAAGUAUUUUCAGACAGUGUUAGAGAAAGCACAAACAAGUCUUUCACAAGAUGGACAAACCAAUCUUGAAUUCAACUCAGCUUUAUCAAAUUAUUUCAUGGAAAAUAUGAACAAAGAUGGUAAAGAAAACAUAGUAGACAUGAAUGAGUUUUAUAACAAGAAUCAUAGUUCAGUUUUCAAUUAUCAAGAAAUACUAGGAGUUGAAGAAAAUAAGGAACUAAAGGCUCAAGUUGAAGGGGAUUCAGUUCAGCUAGACUUGAACAUUAAAAAUGGCAAUGAACUUCUAUGUGCAGAUGGAGCUGAAAUGGAAUCAAAGAUGGUUUCAUAUAGGGUGUUCCAAUUUUGAAUUAUCAUAUUUUUAACCUUUAAUUAUUGAAUAUUCUACUUCACCUACAUAUAUUUCAUAAUUUUCAUCCUUUCUCUUGGAUAAAGUUGCAUACUAGGAACAACUUCAUGAUCUCUCAUAUAGUUAUUGUCUAAGUUUAUUCCUAAUUUUCUAUGUUUGCUUUCGCCAUAUAAGUCAUAGCACUGUUUUCAAUUUACCAAGUACAUGAUUUCAA